CUCUGUUCGAUCAUCUUCUUUGGAGCUCAGUUAUAAAGCGUCGCAAUGGCACAUCAUCCUGACUACGAAGGAUGGUGCUGGCUGCCAUCUGAAUCCUUCUUGCAACUCCGGAGCGUUUGGAAGUCGAGGUGGGUUAUGCUCACGCCCGAUCACAUUGUCGUCUGCAAAAAGCCUGGUCGUCCCCCUCUGGUGACCUACGCUCUUGCAGAUUACUCGUCAGUCGCGGUCGCGCCUGCAACAAAGAAGCAUGGCCCUACGGUCGUCCUCGCUCCGCUAGAAUCAACGUCGCCCGUGGAAGCCUUUCGGACGCAAUCUCGAUCUGAACCAUCGUCAGCCUCGACUUCGCGGAAAUCAUCAACGUCUCUACAGUUACUUCGGUUCCGACCAGACGAAUAUGAAUCCGCCUCGACGUGGGAAACAUUCAUCAAGGAUCGGAUAAAGUCACCUCUUCCUCUUUCGAUCAGAGCUUCCUUGCUCCGGCAGUCUAGCGUCGAGAGCCCAGAAUUCAACGCAAUCGAUCAGGCACUCUCGCGCAUGGCCCCAACUUUGGUUAAGAUGAGCGAAACCUCGCCUUUGGCAUCACCAACGUUAAGCGUCUCGGAAAGCUACACACCUACAGCCUAUCCUUUCCCGCGGUGGGAUGCACGUAGCAUCCAAACGGUCGCAAGCACCACGUCAAGCUUGAGUGAUCAGAACACGAUUGGUAACAGGACUUCGAGCACCGGACAAUCGCGUGGAUCGGGAGGCAUUCGCAACAGCAUCGCGUCUGCCCACAUUUCUCAUGUGCAGACCGAGUCCAUUCUGCAACGAGCUCAGCUAAGAAUCGACACCCAGGCCGCAACUCUGACCUCUAGCUCGGUUACUCCCGCUCCUCCGAAAUCCUCGCAAUCAAUGUUAAUCGCAAGCCUGUCUAAGUUGGAGAGCGAGCUCGAGGCAAGAGACCGCAGGCUGGCUGCGGAGAGAGCGAAGAAUACAUUGAGCGGCAGCCAGCCUUCCCCUGUUUCCCCAGCAGAUGAAGUUGGUCAGCUUAUAACUGUCAGGAAUCCGGCUCGCAAGGCUAGCAUUGUGAGCGCUUCGGAGGGCAGCUCCAAACAGCUUGAGACAAGAGCGCCGGAUGGAAGAAGGGCAUCCAAGAUCUCCGUCUCGACGAACAGGCGGACCAGCUGGGUAGCAUUCGCAAACGAGGAUGACGCCAUGAGUCAUGUAAACAAGCGCCGGACUUCGACAUGCUCGUCAAUUUUGAUAAGCCUAACGAUUGACGACCUGAGGAGCUCUCGUCCGGCUAGCUUGGCAAGCGUUUCACCAAAAAGCAUAACUGGAGAAUUCCAGGCGCCAUCUUCAGACUUGCGGCGAACUAGCUUGAGCAGUCGUGGAUACGGCAGUGACCGAGCUUCUGCGACAUCUUCGGCGUCUAUUCGAGCAGCCAGAUACAGAAGUCACGUUGGAGGAUUUACAGGUUUCGACGAAGGAAUCUUUGGUCGAAGGGGAAGCACGAGUUCUUGAUAUGAAAUGCGUGGGUAUAGGAUUACUUGGGUACUUGGGCGGCG